UUUAUUUUGAAAUCAGGAAGUAAGUGUUGAUACCUAUCCGGUGCAGUUCGGUGUUUACAUGAGGCUUUUGCGUGCUAACCGGACAGCUUGUGGCUCGAUAAUAACUCCGAAACGUUAACGUCAGCUGCAGUCAGACAUUCAGCCGGUUUCCGGAGGAGAUUAUCUUCCUAAACAAGCGGAAGUGUGGAUUUAAAGAGCAGCACAGGCAAGAUGUCUCCGCCUGUUGAUGCUAAUGCUAAUGCUAAUGCUAACCUGGACCAGAAGGUGCUGCAGUAUGAAAACUUCAUCAACGAAGUUCUGAAGAGAGAUUUACAGAAGGUGCUGGAGCAGAGAGACUCAGUUUAUGAGAAGAUCUCUCAGUAUCUUCAGCUGAAGAACACCAUACAGAGUCUGCAGGAGUCAGGCCUUCAGCAGCUGAAGACUGAUGUAGAUCUGGGCUGUAACUUCUUCGUCCAGGCUGAAGUCGAGGACUCGUCCCAGAUCUUUGUUGCCGUCGGUUACGGCUUCUUCGUGGAGAUGACCCACGACGAAGCUCUGCGAUUCAUCGACAAGAAGACGAGUCAGCUCACAGCCUUCACAGAGACGCUCACCACAGACUCGGCCAAGAUUAAAGCCAACAUCCGCAUGGUGCUGGAGGGUCUGAGGGAGCUGCAGGGACUGACCGACCUUCCAGAGAGCAGCGCAAGAGACGUUUUCUAGACGCUCUGACACGUCGGAUGCCCCGCAGGACGUUAACCGUACUCGAUCCGCUGGCUGAACAACACGCUCGCCGCGGUAACAGACCGAAGCUUCACUCGGAGCAUCACGGGAGCAACGCAAACAUCGCAACGCAUUCUCCCUCCCAGCGAGUCGCAAAGAGACGCUCGCUCCGGUAUCUUUGGAGUUUGUUAUUGACGCAAAAAGAUGGAAACGCACUCAAAAAGUCUUUUAGCGUCAGUUUCCGACGCGCUUGGUCGGGACUCUUGGCGUCACUUUUUGGCGCUCUGGGUCAGUUCGUUCUGUAUUGACAGGUGCAAUA